CUUCGUGACCCAGCUGCACAUCCAUCUCUCUUACUCUUCUUCUCCAGGCUUGACUCUGUGUGUUCAGGUUCUCUGUCGUUGACCCAGACAUUCUCUAAUCACUGUGAGAGACGAAGAGUCCAUCAUUGUUGUUCUUGUUGUUUUGGUCUGGCCGCCUUGAACCGACCUAGUCGCGAAAGAGAUACGAUAACCAAACCACCCCACCUUUCGCACCUUCCGUCCCAACGACAAUCACCUUCAACACCACCACCGCGAGUCCUCAGUCACAUCAAUUGCGCUUUCGGGCCGAUAUAUCUACCUGUACUCAUAUCAAUCGCUAUCGCGACAUUUUCGACAGUCUUUACCAUGGCCACCUCUACGCGCCAGCCCUUUGGCGAGAUCGGCUCGUCACGGCUCCAGGUACUCCAGAGCGCGAAGAACAGGCAAAAUGCCAUCUCGCCAAAUUUCACGUCGCCGCAGGGUCUGAAGUCAAUCCCCACGCCAUCGACGGGUAAGCGCCAACGCGCACCCGAGAUCUACGAAGAUGCCGACUCCGAGAACGUGGACCCUUCCGUCUUCAGCAGCCCGACCAAGAAGUCGAGGACGGCCAACAACAGCAUCGACGCGGGAUACAUCAAGCCCGCCAGCUUCUCAAUCUUCACUUCGCCCGUCAAGCCCAGCAGUGCCAGCCUCAAUGCCACGCCUUCCGUCCCGUCUGUGCGCAAAGCUCUCUCGUCACCCAGCACCGCCAAGUCAACACCCAUCACCAACAGCCGCGGCUCACCCAAGAACAAGCGUCUCCAUGCCAUUUCCAAGCGUCGCGCAUCCAGCUCGCCCUUUCGACGCGUCGACCCACCCUCCUUCAACCUGAGCAGCCCCAGCCUACCCUUCUCUAUCGACGCAGCCCUCAGCGGCUCAAUCUCCACCUACACACCCAAGGCCCCCGCUGUAGCCGCCACUCCCGCCUCAGCACCAGCCGCCCAGUCAGUCCCUGUCCUCGAUGACAACAUGCCCAAGAGCUGGUUCUUCGAUAUCCACGAGGACACGCCCGAGCAAGAAGCCGCAAACCUCAUGGAACAUUCGGCAUCCGUCUUAGACAUCUCAUCCGACGACGACGCAGCAACCAAGUUCCGCAAUGAGGACCGCGGCAAGGAGAACGUCCCGCCUCCAGACUUCCUCGCUGCUGCAAACACCCGCAAGCGCAACCAUGCUUCUUCCUUGGACGACGGCUAUGAGACUGAUAUCCUGGUCCAAGCACCUGCUAAACAUCCUCGUCGCACGCGCAAGGUUGUCCAGGAUGCUAUGGAUGAGGACAGGAAGCCGCUGGGUGAUCUUGCGCCGAGCGAGUUCUACGCUGAGGGCUGUGACGCCACAAGUUACGUUACCGUUGACGCGGGAAUUGAGAAGCCGUCAGGGUUGUCCAAGGAGUUUGAUGCUAGCAGUGUGACACCAGAGAAGAAGAAGAAGCAUGUCGUUGUUGAGGAGGUACCCGCUGCAGUUGAGGAAGAGACAACAACACCAUCAGUAUCUGAGGACAUCGUUGCUGCACCUGUUGCUGCUGACGUACCUGCCGUCGAGGCUGCUGUUGAGACCACACCACAGUCAUGUGAGGUACCUGUUGCAGCGUCAUGAGCCAUGUUCCGUACUUCUGCUUAUUCUUCUUCUCUUUCUGUCUACUUUGGACUACCCAAUUGGCGUUUGGAUUACCUCAAGGCGUUGCUAUUAGCUUGUCACGAUCAUGUCCACGCUUGGUUACGUGUAUACGAUGGGAUCAGGCGUUUUAGGUUUCUUGUCUAUCCUUGUGAUACCUUUA